UUGUGGAUUUUCGAUAUCUUUUCAAUAAUGUUUUUAGUGAGCAAUUGGUGAAGCUUAAGCUCUCGACCAACUGCCUUAAAGAAAUGCCAUAUGAUGACAUGGACGAGUUGCUCCUCCCGAAAUUUGUAAAGCUUAAACAUAUGGAGUUGGCAGCCAAUAUGGGAAACGAUGGUAACAUUCAUCAACUCGUUCAUAUGAUCGAGGCUUGUCCAUGCUUGGAGAAACUUGAGAUCAAGUUUACAUGGUUGGUAAACCCGUUUGAGUCUAGAUGGGAUACGGAGCAUCGUUUUGAUGUGGUGAAGGAGGUUUCAAACGAUAAUCUGAAAAAGGUGAAACUCUCGGGAUUCUUAGGGUACCCAACUGAACUGGAAUUCGGGUCGUACAUUGUUAGGAAAGCUAUGGCACUUGAAGAGCUGGUAGUGGAUAUUUGCCCUGUGUCACUUAAUGAAGAUCUGUUCAUAAGUGCUUGCACUGUACCACUUGGACGAAACCUGGUCAUCUACACUUAUGCUGACGACGAAACUCAACCAAGUGUAAGAGCUCGUGUUUGGCAGCAUUUUCGACCAGAACUGCGAGAUUCGGUUAAUUUGGUUGUAGUCUAGAAAAUUAUAUAUGAUCGGAGUAUUAUUUGGUUAAGAAUACGUAAAGUGCGGGAUUCUACACCCACUUUUAUUUUGAUACAAGGCCAAAACGUGCAAAUGUGAAGGAAAUUAAUGUAAAUGUCGGCUUGUGAAGUUAAA